CAUGUGUGUUUGCGCGUGCGUUUGGACCACCAGAUGGUGCAUUCCUCUGACUUUUAUGAAUCGGUGCUGCUGCCUCCGCUGGUCGUGUAGAGGCGGAGUUUUUCUGUCGACGUGCAGGCGUUGGGCAGCAGGCAGAGGGCAGCAGGCUGGGUGCAUCUCGUCCCGACUGGAUCACAGGGCCAAACAGCAUCAUCAUCCUCUAUCCACCCUGACGAGGACAGCCUCUCCGGGAGCUCAGAGGGACGCUGCAAUCUGAUCAGAAAAACGGCAGAAAUCGCAUCAGGAACGACAAGAUGCUGGCCUGUACAGAGAUGAUCACCAUGUGUCUCCAGUCUGCCAAGCACGAACACUUCAGAAAGCAGCUUGACCACAAUCAAAAUCGAGGCAUCGCUCUCUUCCAUGAUAUUUUCCGCCGGGCAGACAAAAAUGAUGAUGGCAAACUGUCCUUGGAGGAGUUCCAGUCGUAUUUCACUGAUGGUGUCCUCACUGACGAGCAGAUGCAGGAGCUGUAUUACUCCAUCGACAGGCAGCAGACAGACAACCUAGACAUAGACACGCUCUCAGAAUACUUCACUCCACAUCUGGGAGAGUAUAUCAAUGUGCUGUCUGCUCUGGAAAAGCUGAAUGUGGCCAUUUUGAAGGCCAUGGACAAUACAAAAGAGGAGUACCAGAAGUCAUCAGUGCUGGGUCAGUUCGUGACACGCAUCCUGCUGAGGGAGACCUCCACCCAGCUGCAGUCCCUUCAGUCAUCCCUGGAUUGUGCUAUGGAGGCUGUUCAUGACCAAGGCUGUACAGGGAGGAUACUGGAGAAGCCCCAGGACUUGGCUGUCCAAAGGACGGCCAAACGCCCUGGCCGACGCAUCCAGAAGAACAUGUGUCUCUCCCCUACCGACCCCUACUCUGGCAUGCUCACCACAGGAGUCAGCGUGGAGCCAGAUAACCACUGGGGCACCCAAAUCACCCAGCUCGAGGAACUCAUAGACAAACUGGAGUGUGAGAGUCCACAACUUGAACCUCUUAAAGAAGACACAUUGGCAGGGACGUAUAAAUCAAACAUUCUUCUAGUCCAAAGACAAAUGUCUGUGAAGGAGAGAGAUGUUGAGCAAUUUCAGCAAGCUCUCAAAAUCUACACAGACGCCACUAGCAGCCAGCUAAACAACCUACAUGUUUCAGUUCAGAACCUGCCGGACAGAUCAUGCUUCAUCAUGUAUGAAUUUUGGCAGGAUCGCCUCUCCUGGAUGAGCUACCUGCAGUCGUCCAUCAGUAAGACUUUCCAGCGCUGCAUUAUCGACUCACUGGAAGAGCCAGAGAUGGUCUCCACCAUGCUGCUCCCAGCCUCAUGGUGGAUUAUGAACAACAACUGACAGAGCAAAGCUGCUGCUACUCAACACAGUUAAAGCAGGAGCAUCUGUAUGGUUGUUUCUUCAUUUUUUGGUAUUUGACAUCCACUUUUUUCUUGAUAGCAUGACCAGGAUUGUUUUUGCAAAGCUUUGCUCCAGGGUUAUAAAUAUAAGAGUGCUUGGAUAAAUCAGUUAGUAGUGAAACAAACUAAAACCUUGGUGAGAAAGAACUGAGGCAAUGCAAUAUUUUAUUGUGUGAUCAGGAACUGUGUUAAGAUUCAUUUCACAGUACUGGCACUUUUCUUGCUUCUGAUUUAAGAGACACAUAAGAAAUUAAAAACAAAGAUUUGCAUGAUUUCUUAUUUCUCUGUGCUCUUAUUAUUUCAAUCAAAGCUACAUCGUAGAGUAGAAAUAAUGUCAAAAUGGCACAAAAAAGAAACACAUGAAUAACAGCCAGUCUGUCCAUCCAUCGCCAUCUUAUCAUGCCUUCUUCAUUAAAAACAAAAUCAGAAAUUGUGGUAGGAAUAACCUGCAUUUUCCCUUGUUCUUGCUGUGAUAUUGUGCUUUGCUGUCUUCUUCGAAAGUUUACUACCAGGCAUCUUUUUACUAAAGGGUUACACAGCCAUUAGAUAGAACAGAGUUAAUGAAUGCUUAUGGUCUGCAUAUAAAGUUUUGUCACCCGUCAGUCACUCCUGCACUUUAGAAAAAUACGAAACAUGGAUCUUAUUGUAAAGAAUGGACAUUUAUUGUAGACUGUCUAUUGAAAAUGUAGAAUUAACUGUUGUUAACAAGCCAAGAACUGCACUCGAGUGUAGUACGACAUUAGUGGACGAUAACAAUCUACCAAAUAAUUGUGAAGUUUAUUAGUCUAGAAGUAAAACUCAGAAGCCAUUACUUUACAUUUGCAGUGUGUAAUCACAUGAGUGCAUAGGUAAAACACACAUACAGUAAAUAGAACUUUAUAUUUUGAGUACAGCAGUAAAGCAGAAACUAUUCUGUGUAAUGACAUUAAAACAAAGUUUGUUGAGAUCAUGUACAGUCGCUAAUGAACGCUGUGAGGUUUAAGUAACAGUGGUGUAACCUUGAUAAAUGUACAGUCUGACAGUAUUCUGAGCAUCAGUCGAUCUGAUAAUGCAAGGAAUGAAUGUGUUCAAUCUUUCGUUGAACUAUUUAUCACUUCUUUUAUGAAGAAUAUAAAUUUGUUAUGUGGAUGUUAUAUUUGUUUUCUGGCAUGAAAUAAAGUUUAUGACAUGAUGACGACAUAAAAACUUAAAACUUGUCUCUGUUUAAGAUGAGUGAAAUGUUUAGACUAAAUAACAGCUAAUAGCAAGACUGAAGUGACCCAUAUACCGAGCAGUCACUCUGUAUUGAGUUUACUGUAUGUUUACAUCUAAAGUCAGCCUCUCUUCUUUUUACACAGUACACGGUUAAAUGAUCAAGAGUAAAUAAUGGCUUAAUUCUUACUUGUUUUGAAGCAUUGUAAAACUGACUUUCAGCUUUAUAAUUGUAUGAAAAUCCAUGUGAAAGAGCCAUCAAAGAAACUUGGUAAAAGGAACUAAUGUUUUUUCUUGGCUGAAUAUGACAAGACUGAAAUACCUUGUACAUACUGCAUAAGUGCAUGAUAUCAGCUGCUGGAACCUUUGAAAAAAAAGGAAGCCAUUUCAUGCAAACCUUGGCUGAAUCUGGUGGAAUUAACUGGUUCUCACUCUUCAAAGCCAACUGGCUCUUUUAAUUCAUUCCUUCUGUUUGAAGACAGCAUAAAACAGUUCUAACUUUAAAAUGUUUUACAGCCGCAGCAGCUGACUCCCGUUCGCAGUCAACAUCCAUAAGUAUUCAGAUAUUCAAAAUAUGCAAAUAUAAUGUUACCUCACAUUAUUGUUAGAUAAUAUUAGAUUGAUAAAAGUAUUUCUCUUAAUUGGAUGUUUGUCUGACAUGUCUGCUGUUGUCUCACCAGGCACAUACACUUUCCAAGUCCCUAUAGAGUUAAAGUAAUAUAGAGAGGUGUUGGAAACUGUAGAAAGUGAAGAUGGUGAAGGCAGGAGGCCAUUUACAGCUGCAACCUCUCAAGGAGAAAUUCUGCUACUUCAGAUCUCACACCCUAAUCCCUUGUUGCUGCUAUUUUCUGCUCUGUGACAGCAGGGCUCCUACUGGGAUGUCAGGGCCAAAACAACCGCCAGGUAUGUGGGCUAGAAAACAUCUAACAUUACAUUUGAGUACUGCUCAUGUUUUAUGAGGCAAAAAUAUAGCAGCCAGCUGUUUUGUCAGAGGCUUCCAAUCUACAUAAAGGAUGCAAUGUAUGUAGGUCCACCAAAAUCAUUUAUUGCAUAUUUGUGUUAUGCAUUGCAAAAAAAGAUUAGGUUUAAUAUGUGAAUAACAGAGGUAAGAGGUUCAAUUUGCUGUUUGCACUAACCUCCUCCAUGCUCCCUCAGAGAAAUGUUAGAGAUGUUUGCUUGUGUUCUAUCUUGGGCGUCAGCUGGCAGAAAAAUGAUGAUACAAACUCAAUUUAAUCUAUCAUAUUUGUUCUUCAAAAAGCAUUAGCCAUUCAUUUGUAGGAUAUAUACUGGUACUGCAUGUUGUGUUUGUGCCACUGCUGGACUGUGUUCCUGUUGUCUCAUAAAUUAUUGUAUUCUCAUGGUUA